AUGUGGAUCGGUUGUGGAUCUCCUGGGAUGGAAGCGAUGACCCUGGGCUCACAAAUUGGACGAUAUGUGAACCCUAAUUACACUGGGGGUGAGCCCAAGAGAUCCAGAACUGCUUAUACCAGACAGCAAGUCUUGGAACUGGAGAAAGAAUUUCACUAUAACAGAUAUCUGACCAGGCGAAGGCGCAUUGAAAUAGCCCACUCCUUGUGCCUCUCGGAAAGGCAGAUCAAGAUCUGGUUUUUCAGAACAGGAGGAUGAAAUGGAAAAAAGACCACAGAUUACCGAACACAAAAGUCAGAUCCUCAGCUUCCUCCAAUGCGCCCAGCAACAUCAUUGCUUCCAGUUCUGCACCCAACGAGGAUCUAACGCAAAGCUCAGCUCAGGACCAGCGGGAGGAUAUUACAAGGUUAUAA